AUGAAGAACACUAAUCUAGAUGAGAAUAUUAUUUUAGAGGAGGGGAAAUCUUCUAAGCUCAAGGAAGAUGGAGGACAUAGAAGUACAAGUAGUGCUGCAGCAAAAGGGUCAAAACUGGAGAAAGUUGUUAUUAAAGCAUAUAAGAUUCAUCAUCAGCCAAAAAUAUUCCUUCCAAAGUGGGAUAUCAUAUUUACAGUAGCAUCUGCAUUUGCUGUGUUCGUUGAUCCUUUGAGCUGCUACGUUCCCGUCAUCAUCGACGAUAGCACGUGCUACUAUUGGGACCAAACCUUGAUGUGGACAUUUUUCGCCUUACGAUCAGCCGGUGAUCUAUUUUAUGCAACGGACAUUUUCGUUUUCAUAAAGCGGCGUCGCGGCAAUGUUAAUGCCAGGCCAUUUGGGACCUCCUGGAUAAAGUUUUUUGGCGGUCCUCAUUCCACAAUUUGCAAGGUGUUGAAUGGCCAGAAAUCACUUAGGUUCAUAGGCAUUCUACCUCGCAUUUGUGCUGCUCUUCCUAUUCUACAGGCAAUCAUACUCGUUGGAAAAUAUACAUACCUUAUUAAAACGUACCAGCAGCUAUUUUAUCUAAUUCCAAUCCAAUAUACUCUACGGGCUUAUAACCUCUACCAAUGGCUCGAUCAGCAUGCUAACAUAGAGACGGCAGUAAAAAGAUUUCUUAAAGCUGCUCUGGACUUCCUUCCAUUCAUCCUUGCUGCUCAUCUAUUCGGAGCCUUGUGGUACUUUUUUGCUGUGGAACGGAAGAUAGUUUGUUGGCAGGAGCAUAUCUGUGAAUUUGAAGAUAUAUGUGGGAAAACAGUUGAAUAUUUCUUCUAUUGCAGUAGAUUCACUCCAGGAAACAAUAAGAUGUUCAAUGUCUCGCGUUUACACGAGUCAUGCGCUGUACAACUUUCAGCAAAUGUAACAAGUUUACCUUUCGAUUAUGGUAUAUAUCUAAACGCUCUCCAAUCUGAUAUGACAAGGUCCAGAGAUCUUCCAGUGAAGAUGUUGCAAUGUAUUUGGUGGGGCUUGCGAAAUCUAAGUUCUUUUGGUUCAAACCUCCAGACCAGUUUCUUUAAGGACGAAAUCAUCUUUUCGAUUGUGAUCUCUAUAAGUGGUUUGGCACUAUUUUUAGUAUAUCUCAACUCAAGGGUGCAGGGGUCGAAAAAAGUGUCAGAUCGGCUUAAAUUGCAACAAAAGAUUGAAACAAUGUAUUCAAACAUAAUACAGCAAAUGCGUAAGAUGUGCCGCUUGGCUUCACUAAAGAAAGUGCCGUUGCUCGAAAGUGCAGAUGAGAAAGUUUUAAAAGCAAUCUGCGAGUACCUUAAGCCGGUAACUUAUGGCGAAGAUGUUUGUAUCAUUCGAGAAGGAGAACCACUUCAAAAGAUGUUUUUCAUCACACGGGGCACUUCAUUGACCUACACAACUAUUAAGGGUGGAACAAAUGUGUGCAAGUGCCUUGAGAAAAGUGAUUUUUAUGGAGAAGAACUUCUAAAUUGGGCAUUCAAAUUUUGUUCAUUUUCUGAGUUACCUUUCUCCACUACAACUCUUUUGUCUCAAACAAAGGUUGAAGCAUUUUCAAUUAGGGCCAACCACUUGAAGUCAAUUGUCGCUCAAUUUUGGCGGCAUUUUAAGAGAGAGCUUCCUCGUUCUCAGUUGGAGCAUUUUGCAGCUUCUUCCAUACAGGCAUUUUGGCGCCGCCGUCGUGCAAAGGCUAAGGGCCCAACUGGAUGGGACAAACUUACAUUAAAUUAG